AUGCUAUCAAAGCAUAUGAUUAUUCAGGAAGAUUCACUGAGACAACAACAACAACAACGAUCACAAAUUGAUUGGAUCCCGUUAGAUCACAACAGUAAUAGUAACAAUAGUAAUAACAAUAAUAAUAAUAAUAAUAAUAGUAACAAACCAACUGACAAUACUUAUUCCUUUCAUGAUCCUUCGCCUGCAUCACAUCCAAGUCAGAUGGAAUGCAGAACAACAGCGACAACUAAUGUGAUGAGUGUAUUGAAUCCAGUCGGAAACCAAAUGACUUAUAUACAAUCGAACCUACCAACUCCAACUUCGCAUAAUAUACCUUCUGAACGAACAGUGUUCACAGCAGAGAAUGGAUUGAAUGAUGGAAAUCAAACAGUACACUAUCAUCAGCAGCACCAAAUGACUACUCCUAGCGUUGGUAUCCUCCUACCACAACAACAAAUAAAAAAUGUUAAUUCAGAUUCAUCAGAAAUUUUGGAUGAAUCUUCAAACUCGACUAGUUGUACUCUUCCUACGCCAAUAACACCAGUGUCAAAUCAAAUCAAAUCAACUCGUGUAUGGAAUCCACCAAAAGUGAAGAAAA